AUGGCCCCGUGGCCCGCACCUCCUCUGCCUCCGCCUCCGCCUCCACCUCUGGCAGCGCCGCCGCCGCCCGGCGCCUCUGCUAAGGGGCCGCCGGCGCGCAAGCUGCUUUUUAUGUGCACCUUGUCCCUGUCCGUCACCUACCUGUGCUACAGUCUCCUGGGCGGCUCGGGCUCCCUGCAAUUCCCUUUGGCGCUGCAGGAGCCGCCGGGCUCCGCCGCCGCGCCCCCGCCGAGCCCGCCGGCACCCUCUCUGGUGCCUCCCCCCGUGCGCCUCGGCGCCCCCUCGCAGCCGCCCGCGCCGCCGCCGGACAACGCAAGCCGCGGGGAGCCACCCGAGUCCACCGAGCAGCCUGCAGCCCCCGGGGCCGACGGCUGGGGUCUGGCGAGCGGCGGCGGAGGCGCCCGGGACGCCUGGCUCCGGACCCCGCUGGCACCCAGCGAGGUGAUCACGGCGCAGAGCGCGCUGCUGGAGAGGGAAGCGCAGGAGUCCAGCACCACCGACGAGGAGCUCGCAGGCCGAAGGGCGGCCAACGGGAGCAGCGAGAGGGGCGGCGCCGCCAGCACCCCUGAUUACGGGGAGAAGAAGCUGCCACAGGCGCUUAUCAUCGGGGUCAAGAAAGGGGGGACCCGCGCGUUGCUGGAGGCCAUCCGAGUCCACCCAGACGUGCGGGCGGUGGGUGUAGAGCCGCACUUCUUCGACAGGAACUACGAAAAGGGGCUGGAGUGGUACAGAAAUGUGAUGCCUAAGACCUUGGAUGGGCAGAUAACCAUGGAGAAGACACCAAGUUACUUUGUGACAAAUGAAGCUCCCAAGCGCAUCCACUCCAUGGCCAAGGACAUCAAACUGAUUGUGGUGGUGAGAAACCCCGUGACCAGGGCCAUCUCCGACUACACUCAGACACUGUCAAAGAAACCCGAGAUCCCCACCUUCGAGGUGCUGGCUUUCAAAAACAGGACCCUGGGGUUGAUCGAUGCAUCCUGGAGUGCCAUUCGAAUAGGGAUCUAUGCGCUGCACCUGGAAAACUGGCUGCAGUAUUUCCCCCUCUCUCAGAUCCUCUUUGUCAGUGGUGAGCGACUCAUAGUAGACCCCGCGGGGGAAAUGGCCAAAGUACAGGAUUUCCUUGGCCUCAAGCGUGUUGUGACUGAUAAACAUUUCUAUUUCAACAAAACCAAGGGGUUCCCUUGCCUAAAGAAGCCAGAAGACAGCAGCGCCCCAAGAUGCUUAGGCAAGAGCAAAGGUCGGACUCAUCCCCGCAUCGACCCAGAUGUGAUCCACAGACUACGGAAAUUCUACAAACCCUUCAACAUGAUGUUUUACCAAAUGACUGGUCAAGAUUUCCAGUGGGAGCAGGAAGAGAGUGACAAAUGAGGCUAGAGAUGUGGAGAGAAGGCUAGUGAAUAGCUGUGGAGGUUCCUUACCUGAGUCCUGAAACUCCCCAGGGUCUGCACCCUCAGCCUUGCAGGAGUGCCAAGUAUAUUUCCUCUCUCAUCCCAGCAGGAUUGCCUCUAAUGCUGUUGGUUUAGGCACCGGAGUGAAUCCCAUGACAUCCCCAUAGAGGACCCAGGGCUGUCUAAAACUGGACAACAGCAUCUGGUUGACCAGAUGGCCACCAGAACCCACUGCUAAUGUUUGUCUUCUGCUAGUUAAUAGUCUGAAGACAGAGGAUAAAUAGUUGUCAAGGUCAGAGACAGUACCAUGAAUGUUUUAUUUGAAUGCUAGAAAGGAAGGUCUCCUUGGUGGGAGCUCUCACUUUGGUUUGGGGAGCUUGGGUUCUAGCCCUGUACCUGGCACAGUUACCUGCUGUAUAAACCUCUGCUUUGGCGUCUCUCCAGAAUGCUAUUUGUGGCUGAGUGUUCUAGGACCCCUAGGGAGAAAGAUCCUCCCUCUAAGUUGUCUCUAGCCUUCUCCUUAAAGUCCUUAUCCCACAACUCCUUGACUUGCCCCAUGUCCCCCAUCAGUAUGAAGGCAGAGACAUGCACGUUCUUCACCAAAAAAAAAAAAAAAAGCUGAAAAGCUGACACCAUAUAAGUCUAUUUCUAAGAGCCCUCUAAGGGGGUUGGGUCUCUCUCCUCAUAAGUAUCCUGGGUUGUGGAGAUGUUUAGCAUUUGCCCUAAGGUUGGAAUCAGGCCUACAGGGCUGAUCUAAGAGUGGUUGAUUGCACCUGAGCCCUGAGGCUGGCAAAGAUGAGGGUGAAAGAAGAAAGCCAGUCCUCCUGGUGAGAGAUGUCCUUACCUCAAGACCCUCUCCUUCAGUGCCAUGAUUCUGAGUCAUGCGAUUCGUGUGGGAUCUGUCCCUUAGGGUCCCCAGAGGGGCAAGGACCAGAGAGCUGGCAUAUCGCUUGUCCCGAAUAACCCUUAGAACACAAUGGGGAGGGGAGCAGUUACCAUUCUGUAGUCCCUUCUAUUUGCCCCACCCAUGGCCCCUCACGCUCAUCUCAUGCUCCAUUUGCCCUGUUCAGAGAUGGCAUGUAUGGGGACACAGCUAGAAGCUGACUCCAUUUGUUGGAUCUAGUUUAUGGGGAGGGUGGGGGAGGACAAGGGCUGUCUGCAGACACCCCCAUCAAGGGCUGCCAAAUAGUGUCCCUUCCCAUUAGUUUGAUUCAAUUAAAAUGCAGCAUUUGACAUAAAGCACUUGUUCACAAAUCUCCAAAACCAGGAAUUGUUCUCGUAAAAUUGGAAAGAUGUAUGAAGGGGGGGGGAGUUAAAUUUGUUCAGCUGUUAUUAAACUGUCAUUUCUCCCGCUAAAUGAAAACUGUGUUGUUAUAAAGCUUAAUGCAACCUGAUUAAUGGGUUCUGAUGGCGUGUUUGUGUUGGUUACCUCCACCCCCAUCCCCUCACCUAGACUGCUGGGAGCACACUUUCUGAGAUGGCCAGAAGGACCAAGCCCAAAGACCCUGAGAGAAUUUUGUCUGCAGGACAGGAUGGGUCUUGAAACAGCACAAAGAA